AAUAUUAAAAUAAAGAUACGUAGUUUAUACUAGAAAAAUACUGAUCAAAAUAAAAAUGUUCUAAUCAUGUAAGUGUCAAAUAGAAUAGACUUGAAGAGAAAAAAUUAUUAUUUAGGAACAAGAAAGGUUAUCAUAUACUACUAGUAUAUCAGAAAAGCAUAAGAAACUAAAGACAACAAAUAUCAGCAAUAUAGCCUUAAAAUAUUAGGUUGAGCCGUAUAAAAUUGUCAAUACUUGACUGACCUCCAAAGGCAGUAAUUUCAUAUAAAGUGAAAGUCAAUAAAACUACAAAAAAUUAAAUUUUGUAAAGUGCUAUUUUAACAUGCAUCUGUUACAAACUGGUUGAUCAAGUGAUCAAAUAAUUAAUAAUGAUGUUUGAUAGUUGAGCAACGUGAUUAAGACACUUUGUAAAAUCCACAUAUUUAGAAUUUUAUCUCAACUCUUAAAUAAUCUGCAUUCUUUUCAAGUUUUUAGGAAACAUUUCAAAAAUUGAACACAUACUAGGCCAUAAAGGAUAUCUCAACAAAUAGCAAAGAACUGACAAAACAUAUGGACUAUAUUCUUUGACCCCUCAAUACAAUACUAUGAGAACUCUAUAUCCUCCCCCAAAUAGCCCAAAAUACUUUUGUAUAUUUGGAAACCAAAAAUGGUUCUAUUGAUAAAUCAUUCAUAAGUCAUGAUAGAAAUGAAAAAUAAGGCCAACCUGGUUUUUCAUGAUCUGAUUUCCCCCAUAUUAUUCAGUCAGUGUAAUUUAACAUCUGGUAAUGCCAGGCAAACCAAUAUUGCGGACGUCAGGAACAAAACAAAAAAAAGCUGAGUUUUCAGUGGGGAAAAAAAUAACCCAUAAAGUCUUAUUUUACCUAUUUGCUCAUAAAUUUUGUGUCUGGGUUUUACUUAGUAUCCUCUCCUUUUCCUCCCCAGGGCUCAUCUGAGAACUGCCCCCUCUUUCUUCAUUGUUGAAAAGCCCACAGGCGCAUGACCACCCAUGUUGAGCGCUUCUCAUGUGGUUCCCACGCCCUCACCAUCCGAGGCUCUUCUGAAAACACCUGCCCCCUGUGGAUGACUGAGGGAACCACCCUGGGAACAUGUGGGGAGACGACAGAAUGGCCCCUCAAAACACCAGCUUCUUUCCUCUCCCACGGUAGGUUUCGCAAUCCAUAACAUCACAUCUAAGUGAACUCUGGUAGGUGGUUUUGUUGAACCAGGCAUCUUGCUACUCAUGGAUGUGGGUGGGUAUGACCAUGUCCCUUUAGAGUUCCAGGCAAGUGGAUCAAGUACCUGCUGAGAGCAGCAUCUACGUCCCAAUCAAGAGCAAUACACAUCUGAGCAGGGGAAUGUGUUUUCCUUCACGGCUCACUUCCUAGUCCAAGUAAAACCCGUUCUUACAAUGACACGGGCAUUAGGACACAGCGGGCAGCGGGGAGGAGCAUGCAGAGCUAAGCACAGCUUAAGUCCCUUCGUUAGGACUUCAGUUAGAAAGACCCAGGGAUUCCAUCUGUAACAUUCUUCCGAGAAUAUCACAAUGUCAACGUUCCAAAGAAGUCCAGAGCCCCAGAAUGGGGGUCUAGGAUACCAGAGAAAGGAUGGAGAGGCAAGCCCAUGAGUCCUGGGAUUUUGAAUAAGGGCAAAGGCUAAGAAGUAGGAAACAAAGUGAAAUCCUGUCAACACUAUUGAAUCUGAACAGCAUCCAAGAAUGUCCAACUUCACGCAUUGGAAGGUCUCCCAAGUAAGCAAAACCUUGAAGCCAUGUGACAAUGUCAGAGUUCCCCACGAGAGGAAGAAGGAGAACAAGAAGCACGAGGAGCUGCCUGGAGGCCCGGCCCCGCCUCAUGGCCAGCUGCUGCAGAAGGGCGAGGGCGACCACAUCCCCGAGGACAGAACCGAGGACGCAGGAGGUGACCAGCCUACGGAGGAAGGCCCUCCCGUCAGCAAAACAGAAGCACGGAAAGAUGCCAAAGACUGGAAGCUGCCGACGCCCCCGGGACCUGUGUAUCCACCACUAAUCUCGAGUCCAAGCUCCAAAGCUGUGGGACGAAGCUGGCAACUGUCUCCUCCCGUGGCCAAGGACUUCCAAAUACACGACAUCAAUGGAAAAAUAUCCUUGCGGAGGAUUGAAAAAGGUGGGGGGAAGCGCUCUCUGGGCUCUUCACCGCAGGUGCCUGUGGCGCCCCCCCACCUCUCCCCCCAGCAGGGCCCUUUCCGGAACCUCCUGGACAUGAAGACGGAGAAGAGACUGGCUGGCUGGAAGGAGCGUCGCAGUCGCUAUGGGGACAUCAACGUGCACAAAUGCUACCAGCUCGGGCAGGUCUUCACCCCUUUCCGGGCCCUGGCCACCAUGGAGAUGCGAAGGCUGGUCUUUCCCCAACACCUGCCCAUGAGUCUGCACAUGCGCAAAAUGGGCAUCUCGUGCACCGACGAAAGGACUCUCCGAGACUUGCCUUUGUCUUCCACAGAGCUGGGCUUGGGAGCGGACGAGAAAGAGAAACCAGCCAGCCACGUUAGAACACCUUUAUUCCCCCCAAUAGUUAAAGCAACAAAAUUUAAUAACGUGAAAAAAUAAAAAUUACAUACCUCCU